CAUAAAUUGUUUCAGUCUUGUAACAGUCCUGCAAAAUCUUGUAAGUGCAGUAGACAGCCAUGGAUAAGCGUAUCGCUUAUAUUAUAUGUCUGAUGAUGAUAGGAUGCUACUCAUCAACACUGAAUAGAAAUCGACGUCAGUUGGAAUUGGAUUAUGAAACAACUACGGUGCCCUACGAGAAUACCGAAGAUGAAGAAAUUUACUUUCCUGAAGACAUAAGCACUGUGGCUAAUUUUGACGUUCCCGAAUACGUGCAAAAUACGGAAUCGCAAAAUGACACUGAUUUAACUCCAGAAGAUUUACUACUCGAAAGUAUUAUACUAAGUUUUAUGGAGAGUGAUCAUAAUUUUGAAGAUAUACCUGAAAAUUUAGCUACAUUACAACCAAAAGUUUCCGAGCCUUUUCUCACUAGUUUUCUUACACAAAGAGAACAACUUAAUGAUCAAAUAAGAAAUCCAGGCCAUGAUAUUGAAAACGUUUCAGGAAAAAGUAUUUUAUUCGAUGUUUGGUCUGACCCUAUUAUUAACGCAGAGUCGAAUAUUCAAAAAAUUAAUCAGAAAAAAAGAAAUGUUUUGAAGAAGGACGAAGGAGCAAAUGCUUUUACAAGGAGAUAUUCUGCUAAGUAUUUAGAUGAAUUUACUCAAAACAUGGAUAUUUUGAAGAAAAAAACACAAUCGAAAUAUUACGCUAGAUACGCUGAAAAUUUUCCUGAUGAACCUGCCGAAAAAUUGAUGUUGCAGAAAAAUACAAAAAUUCGAAAGAAAUCGCAGGAAUAGAUAUCGAAGGUAUCUCGGAUAAAUCUAUCACGGCAAAGGAUUUCACAACAAAUUUCCAGGGUCACAGAAUAUAGGAAAGAUACUCGCAGUAUAAGUAUUCCAGAAACCCCUAUUGAAACAAUGGAUUUUAUAGAAAAACCAAACAAACCUUAUGAAUUUAUGAAAAUGUUUACCGAUAGUAUAUUAAAAACACCUACCUUGCCAAUAGAUAUUUUAGAAAAGCCCGAACAAUUAUUUGAAGAACUCGCUGAAAAAGUUCCUGAAAACGUACACAAAAAAAUAAGAGAAAUCACAGAAAAAUAUCCAGACAAAGUUAUAAAUACAUCUGAAAAAAUGAAUGUUCCGGCAAAAGAAUCGAUGGAAUACACAAGAAAGCAUGUCGAAAGUAUAGCAAAAGAACCAAGGAUGUGGACAGAUCUUUUAGAAAAGCAUAAAAGUUUACAGUUAUUUAACGGAGGGCAUGACGAAGAACUUUUUGACAGAUCCACUAAGACAGAAGAUAUCUCAGAAAAAUACAAGGAACCAGAAGAAUUUAUUGGAAUGCAUACCGAAAGUAUCUCGAAAAAACCUGAUAUGCCAAUAGAUAUUGUAGAUAAGUUUAAAAAUACACAGGAAUCCACACCAUAUGGUAUAGAAGAUCCGGAAAAACCAAGGGGAAUGAUGGAUAUCGUAGGAAAACCCGUGGAGUUAAAAGAUUUUACAAAAGUGCAUACUGAAAGUACAUCAGAAGGUCCACCAAUGUCAAUAGGUAUUUUAGAAAAUCAUGAAGAAUCAGAAGAAUACGCAUCUACACGUACAUACACCGAGGGUGUUUCAAGAAGACCUUUUAAGGUCACAAAAGCCUUCACAAGAAUUUAGAGGCAUGUAUGUUGAAAAGCUUCCGUAUAAAACCGCUGAGACCCCAGUUUAUUAGUCCAAAUUACAAACAGAAAAAAAGACAGACAAGACCCCGCAAAACAAAAUAUUCGGAACUGUUAACCAGGAAAAUUAUUCUGAUGAUAACGACCGGGAAAAUAUAAAAGGUGAAAUAAAAAGUUUUCCAGUUUAAA